AAGAGUAAUUUGCCUGAAAGUUCAGGAAGUUUAGAGCGGUGAAGGGCGGGUGGAAAGGGGAGAGAGAAAGGGAAGGAAAGAAUGAAGGAAGGAGGGAGAAAGACUAAGAUUGAGACACAGGAGAAAGAGAAGAAGAGAAAGCAAAGAACUCUCACCACAUUGGCUUGGACAUGAUUGCAUUUGUCAUCUGUUUUCUUUCCCCUUUAGGAUGUUCACCAUGGCAACGGUACACAGCAGGCUUUUUAUUCUGACCCCAGCAUCCUGUAUGUCUCCCUCCAUCGCUAUGAUGAAGGCAACUUCUUCCCUGGCAGCGGAGCCCCAAAUGAGGUUGGAAGUGGCCCUGGUGAAGGUUAUAAUAUAAAUAUUGCUUGGACAGGUGGCCUAGAUCCCCCCAUGGGAGAUGUGGAGUACCUCACAGCAUUCAGGACAGUGAUUAUGCCAAUCACUUCUGAGUUCAACCCUGACUUUGUAUUAGUAUCAGCUGGCUUUGAUGUUGUGGAAGGACAUGAACCUCCUCUAGGCGGGUACAAGGUGACAGCUCAAUGUUUUGGUCACCUCAUCAAACAGUUGUUGACACUGGCAGGUGGUCGCAUGGUGCUAGCCCUGGAAGGAGGACAUGAUCUUACUGCCAUCUGUGAUGCAUCAGAAGCUUGUCUAAAUGUUUUACUGGGAAACGAGUUGGAACCCAUCUCUGAAGACAUCCUUCAUCAAACACCUAAUGUGAAUGCAACGUUUUCUUUGCAAAAAUCCACUGCAAUUCAUAGGAAGUACUGGAAGUCUGUGAAGCCUUACAUCGUGCCAGUUAGCUGUAAGCUGGCUGAAACCCAAGAGAGAGAGGAGACAGAGGCAGUCUCAGCCAUGGCCUUACUUUCAGUGGAUGUUGAGCAGUCUUUUCUAUCAGGACAUGACAGAGCUGCUGGCGAGCCUAUGGAAGAAGAGUCAGCCUUGUGAAGUGCCAAGUCCUCCCCUGACAUUUCCUGUGUGUGACAUCAUUGUGUAUCCCCCCCUCAAAAAAGCACCCUUAGACAUGUCUUGUCUGCUGCUUGGGUGGCAGAGAUCAGUUGGAACAUAAACAUUGGGCAUAGAAUUCUGAACAGCAGCUUCACUUGUUCGUGGGAGAGACUUAAAAGAGCCUAAAAUUCCUUCAAUAUAACCACUAGAAUUCUAACAGUAGAGUGAACCAGACUUGGAAGGAAAGGCAGAAUCUUGUGCCGGUUUUUAUAUGUUCUCUGAUCCACUCCCCAAUUCAGUGGUAGAAUAGAAACGUUAAAGUCAUUCUACAUUCUUGUCUAUGGUUGUCUAUGAAAAUCAAAACAACCUGUGAAGCCGCUAGGGGAAAAAACUAGACAGAAUCACAAAUCUUCCUCCUGCUUCUGACAUGUUAAAAUACAUUUUACAGGGACUUUUUCCCUCACUGAUCAUUUGAAAUGGUUCAUAUGAUUGAUUGGAUGUAAUGAAAUUAUGAGUUGUUCUUCUGUAGUGCCACUUUAAAGGUGCUAGAGCGAUUUCAUGAGAGAGGCAUUAAUUUCUAAAGGGAAACUGGGUAGCAAGAGAUGUCCAUUCUGCUCUUUUUAGCUAUCCCAAAUGCAAGUGUGUUAAAUGGGUCUCUUCCUUAAGCUUUUUUUUGUUGAUGAUGGUGGUCUCUGUAUUUCUGUUGCUAAUGAUAAUUAGAAGCCAAAUGAACAAAAUUUGCUCGGCAAAAAAAGACUAAUGGUUUGUCUUUGGCAUAAUCCUGCAUAGAUUACAGAUGGCAUUAGCGAAGUGAUUGACUGCAAACUGAUUCAAACUGAUUUCAAAACUGAUUCAGCUUUCAGAAAUCAACAGGUUUUCCCUAUCUGACUUAAUCUUGUUUCAGACCAAUUGUGUGCUACACUUUUAAGAGAGAUAAGCAAAAGAGACCUUCCUGAGUUUGCUGGAAAAUCUAGUACUUUUGCAGAUUAUUUUUUCUUUUGGAGUUGGCAUGUCAGUUAUUCUCUUCCACUGAAUCCCAACAAAGCUUGGAACUCAGUAGCAACUUUCUCAGAAGUAUCUCCUGUUAUUUAUUUUCUUCUCUGAUGAAUAGUAAGAUUAUGCCACAAGUCCAUGUGGAUUCAUGAGUGUUACUGAAGAGUUGUGCCUUUUGCUGAUAAUGAAUGCUUAAACUUUUACACAUGUUGCCUUAUUGUCACAGAAAAGGAAGGCGUCUGGGAUGUUCUUUUGGGGUUUGCAAAUAAUGACAAAAAAAUUAUCUCACUAAAAUCUUUCUCUCAAGACACACAUAAAUGCUUUCUUUUGUUGUUGACAUAGACAUACACAUCUGUACUACAAACCUAUACAUAAAGAGAAAAUUGUGUAUUAUUUACUGUUCCCCAUUCUAUUUUACACUAUCUGAUAUCUGACAUUCCUUUGAUCGGCAAGCAACAAUAUUCUUUUAUAAAUUUUCCAAGCUCAAAGAAGAUAUUAAAGCCAUAAGUGAACAUUGUCAUGCUUUUUAUUCAGAAAUCUGAAAGAGAUUUUAAUUAAAACAAGGUUCAGAGAAAGCCAGAAUAUGAAAGAUAUAAAAAAAUGUGGUUUCAGUUAUAGCAGAUGCAAACCUGUAAAUCAAAGAUGAAAGAUUUCACUCAAAUAGAAUUAUAUAAUUUUCUUUUGUUAUACAGAUGGAUUGCAUUUUCCCCCCAAAGUGUUUUCGUUUGUUUACAAUUAAUAUUUUAAUGUGAAAGACUUUUUACUAUUCAUAUGGAAAUUGUCUGAUAUAAUUUGGAAAUCUGAGUAGUAUUUCAAGUAGGAAACUGAAGGAGAAAUUCACUAGAUUCAUUAUCAAAUUAUAUUUUGUUAUGGAAGUGUUACAUGAGAUGGAUACCUACUAUUAAUUAUUGGAAAGAUAAUUUAUCAUUCAGUUCCUGUUUUCAUGGCUAA